AUGAAGUUCACCACCAUUGCCCUCGCCGGCUUGGCCACCGUCGCCAUGGCCUCCCCUGCCGCUGAGGCCAAUCCUGCACCUCAGCCUGAGGCUGCUGCUGACCCAGCCUUCUCCUCUUGGGGUAAGAAGUACAACCCCCACCUCUGGAACGGAUGGGGAGACGCUCCUGGACAAGUCUACCGUCGUGAGGCCAACCCCGCUUUCUCUUCUUGGGGCAAGAAGUACAACCCUCACCUUUGGAAUGGCUGGGGAGACGCCCCAGGCCAGGUCUACCGCCGUGAGGCCAACCCUGCUUUCUCCUCGUGGGGCAAGAAAUACAACCCCCAUCUCUGGAAUGGCUGGGGUGAUGCUCCUGGACAAGUUUACCGCCGUGAGGCCGAUCCUGCUUUCUCCUCGUGGGGCAAGAAGUACAACCCACACCUCUGGAACGGCUGGGGCGAUGCUCCUGGCCAAGUCUACCGUCGUGAGGCUGAGGCUACUGGCACUGCCUCUACCACCGCAACUGCCAAGCCUGCUGAGACUGGCACUACUGAGGAGGAAGAGAAGGCCAACUUCAACGACUUUGAGCGUCGUGACCCUGCAUUCUCCUCUUGGGGCAAGAAGUACAACCCUCAUCUUUGGAACGGCUGGGGUGAUGCUCCCGGUCAAGUCUACUAA